GAGGCCGCCGGCCCCACCUGUGUCAAGCUGGGCCAGUGGGCCAGCACCCGCAGGGACCUUUUCUCCGAGGCCUUCUGCGAUGAGUUUUCCAAACUGCAUGUGGAGGUGAGCCCUCACCCGUGGGGCCACACCGAUGAACUCCUAAGAAAGGCCUUCGGUGAGGACUGGACGGGCAUCCUCAAGUUCCAAAGCCGCGAGCCGAUCGGCUCGGAACAGCGCGUGGAGUUCGGGUCUGCCUUCGAAGCGUGGGAAGUGUCAGGCCUUAGAGGCCUCCUCAGGUGGCUGAGAAGGUGGAAGGACAAGGAGAUAAGAGAUAAGAGCAGCAGGGAGGAACUGAGCCUGGCAGACUGCUCCCAGGGAAGUCGUGUGAGUAGGAUGGCCCUUACGGAGCAGAUGGCCAAACCACUCCUGAAUGCAAACCCUUCAACAGCGAGACAUCUCACACCUGUAGCUAUUAAAGUCCUGCACCCUGGGCUGGCCCAUCAAGUCCAGAUGGACCUGUUUCUCAUGAAGCUGGGUAGUCACAUCAUUGGACUUAUCCCUGGAUUCAAGUGGCUCAGUUUGACAGAGAUUGUGGAGGAGUUUGAGAAGCUUAUGAUGCAGCAGAUUGACUUACGCUACGAAGCCAGAAAUCUGGAGCGCUUCCGACAGAAUUUUCUAGGUGUUGAUUUCGUGAAGUUUCCAACUCCCCUUUGGCCUUUGGUAACGACAGAUGUUCUAGUGGAAACAUUUGAGGAGAGUGAGCCUAUUUCACACUACCUGCAUGCAGAGAUUGCCAGAGAGCUGCGGCAGAGACUCGCAAAGAUGGGCAUGGACAUGCUGCUGAAGAUGGUCUUUAUUGACAACUUUGUCCAUGCUGACCUGCACCCUGGGAACAUCCUGGUUCAAGGCACAGCCCAUGUCAGUGCCAGCUGCAAGGAACAGAUGGCGGUGGUGGACCCUUGUGACACGUUCGUGGUGGAAGUGCAGCCACCCCUCAGACAGCUCUGCCUGGUGCUGCUGGAUGCAGGGAUUGUGGCAGAGCUGCAGAGCGCUGACAUGCAGAACUUCCGUGCGGUUUUCACAGCUGUGGUCCAGGGACAGGGGGAGAGAGUGGCAGAACUGAUCCUCCAUCACGCCCGUGCUAACCAGUGCCAGGACAUUGAGCGAUUCAAGGCUGAUAUGGCUGAACUAGUGACCAAGGUCCGGGGGAACACCAUUGCCCUAGGAAAGCUUCAAGUGGCAAAUCUCCUCUCAAAUGUCUUCAAACUAUUGAUGACCCAUAAGGUGAAGCUCGAGAGCAAUUUUGCUUCCAUCAUCUUUGCCAUCAUGGUUCUGGAAGGACUUGGUCGCUCACUGGACCCUGAACUGGACAUUCUAGAGGCAGCUAAACCACUGCUCAUCAAAACUGUACCUUCUGUCCUCAAAUAG